UGGGCAAAAGAAGUGUCAAUCUGCUUUCUUUCAAUAGGGUUGAUCCACUUUAAUAACACAGGGGCGGGGCCUAAUCUAAGCCACGCCCCUUUAUUCCCCCUCCGACGAAGGAGGAAAUGAAACUGCCGCCGGCAGCAGAGAGUGAGUGACGCAUGCGCAGACGUGACAUUGGAGUUUCGAACUUCUUUGGAGGAGUUUUAAAAGUUUCAGGUGAGUCGCUGUGUUUCUUUCCUGGUUGGGGACUAACUGGGAUUGAAAGAGGAGAGUGAAGACUGGCUGGUCUCUAAAAUGAUGGGAAUCUAAUUUCAUCCAUUCAUCAUCCCCAAAAGGGGGUGAUGAUACAUCUGAAGGCAAUACAUUUUUCUCCUGUUGUUGAGUGUCAGCAUCUUCUUCAUGGCCAAGAGCCCUCUACCCGACAAGAAAUCCGUAAAAGAGGAAACACGCCUGGUGCUGGAAGCGUUCCUGCAAAGGACUGCGCUCAACGGAAGAGCCCCAGGCCACGUGGGCCGGAGCUACCAUGACCCCCAAAGUUAUAUAUAUAGAUCUCCAACUGAGCAUGCCCCGAACUGUCCAACCUGGACCACUGUCCAUGAGGAAAUUAACCGUGCGGAGGAGAAGAAGCAUGGCUUCAGCACCAGUUUCAAGCGUUUGUUGCGGCGUCGACCCAGUCCGCAGAAAACCCCGGACACCCCGUCUCCCUCUAAGGACCCCUUAAAGCGGCCCAAGGCAGGGGGAGAAACCGGGGAGAAGGCCCGCCAGAAACGCUUCUCCUUCAAGAAUCUCCUGAAGAAGAAAGGAUCCACUUCGGGGGAGUCCGCGAACGGCCCUGCUCCCCCCCAGCGCCCGAACACUUUGCCUCUUGUCCACUGCUAUUGUGGAGGUCAACCAGUGGAGCAACAGGGAGCCCAGGCAGCAGAUCCUAAUGCUGAAGGUGCUGAAUUUUACACACUGGUGGCCGAGAAACUGGACCACUUGGUGAAACAGCAACAGUCGAUCAGCCCUGCGAAACCAAAAACCUGGCCUCUUUCCAAACAGCAGCUCAACUCGCUUGCCACAGACACACGAUCCAGCACACCAGUCAGUUCACAGGAAGUGCCAGUGGAACUGGAUGAGAAGCAGAAAGAGCAGAUCAUCCAGAAACUGAUUGCUGUCCUCGAAGAGCAGGCUGGAAACAUCAAUGCAAAGAUUGAAGCUGACCCGUUUCUACGCAACUCCCUUGCCCGCCUCUCAUAUGGCAGCUUCUCCCGCCUGGCAGAGGCCUUCACUUCACGUCCCACGCCUGGCGUUCCCAGUCCACAGCUAGCCAAGCUGGCUCUCACCAUGGAGCUGACACGGAAAGUGGCCGGCAUCAACAGCCACGCAGUACACACCCUCAUGGGCUACAGCUUGCAGUAUAUGGAUAUGUUUAUACCUUGGCUGCAGCAGCAAGGUGGCUGGGAGAAAAUUGUAAACCAAGAAGAAAUAUUUGACCUGCAGCUCGACUAGUUCUCAAUCAGUGCCAGAGAUGGGAGACAGAAGAGCCUUUGGGAGUUUUGUUUUUAAAAAAUGACUGCUGGUGGAACUAUUAGCUUUUUUUAUAAAAAAAAUCCUCAAGAAAGAUUCCACCUCCUCCUCUUCCAAAGUGAAAGCCAAUCAAGGAAAGAAGUUGUCUUAUGAACACUAGGUAGAGUUUGGCUUUUACUGUACUUCUGGGAUCAAGAAAUCGGCAUUGAUCCGUUGUGAAUGACAUCAACAAUUGCACUACUUGACGAACUGUGUAUAUAAGACAAGACAGUUCUUGUAAAAUUUGGGUUUUUAUUUUUGAUGAUGACACUUUAAAUGAAGGAGAAAGGAAGAGUCAGACAAAUUGCAUGAAAUUUUACUUUGCUAAUGUAAAAAAAAAAAAAGGACUUGUUAGAUGUGCUGGUUUAUUCUCUGCGACAGAUUCCCCCAACCUGGUGCCCUUUAGAUAUCUGAAAUACAGUCGCCCUACACGUUUGUGGAUCCGACAUUUGCGGAUUUGAUUAAAAUGUUCUAGGAUUCUCUCCAUCCUCCAGUAUAACUCUGUGAUUAACUUUGUUGGAUGUUGACUGUAGAGUCAUGUUGGGAGGACGUAGAACAGGCAUAUGCAAACUUUGGCCCACCA